AUGGCCUUGCAAACUUUGUUUAUCCCAAAUGCUGAGAACAAUCUGAAAGAGCAUUUGAAAUUUGACAGAGGAACAGGUUGUGACAUGCCGCGUCUAGACCCCUUCAGUAAAGACGCCACGCGUUACGAUAAAGACGUGCCUAAGAUUGAAUGCGACGGACAAGACUGGGUGAAGUGCUUUCAUUCAGAAUGCAGAGUGGUUGAUGAAAUUCUGACCACUCACUGGAAUAUUUUAUGCUCAUUCAGGGACAUUCUAUAUCACACAGACUUCUCAUAUAGUUACGGCGACCCUGUGGACGUCUUCGGAGCUGAAAUAUAUCAUUUGAGGAGAAGUGAUCAUGUCAAAGUGGCGUGUAGCGGCUCUCGGAAUGGAAGUAUUUUCGCCUUCCUCCCAUCAAGAUGGUCAGGCAUUGCCGCAGGUUUCCGUCCCGUCAGUCAGAAGCCUACACUCAAGGGUCGAGAGAAAGCCGUCAAUAUCAUGAUGUUUGGAUUCGAUUCCACGUCCAGAAUCGGGUUCAUACGACGCAUGCCCAAGAGUUAUAAAUACUUGACAGAAGAACUUCAAGCUACAGUUUUGAAGAGCUAUAACAUAGUGGGGGAUGGCACGAAAGGCGCCCUGUUCCCCAUGCUGACUGGGAAGAACAUGUACGAGCUCCCAAACACCAGGGUGAUGAGAGGAAACGCCAGGACUUGCGAUGAAUAUCCGCUGUUAUUCUACAAGUUAAGGGAUGAUGGAUACAGAACAGCAUUCUUCGAAGACCGUCCCGAGAUCGGCGCGUUCCAGUACUGGGUGAAUGGGUUUCGCCACCAGCCGACGGACCACUACCUUCGGGCUUUCUUCCAGGAACGAGCCGGGAAGGGGAGGAGGUACUGUGUGGGAGCAACGCCGCAGUAUAGACUUAUGAUGAAUCUCACUGAUCAGUUCAUGCAACUACCCGGCAAGAAGUUUAUCUUCACAUUCGUGGUGGACAUCACUCACGAGGACUUUAAUCAGAUCUCCAACGCGGAUGACGAUUUCGUUGAUUUAAUGAGCAGGUUCAAGAGAAAUGGCUAUGGAGAGGAUAGCCUGCUGGUUGUUAUGAGCGACCAUGGGCCUAGAUAUUCCCAAGUCCGCGACACACCCCAGGGCCGGCUCGAGGAACGGCUGCCUCUCAUGGCGUUCGUUCUACCAGAGAGACUAAAAUCCGAAAGACCCAAAGCCGUCUUUGCCCUAAAACAUAAUAUCAAUUCCCUGACUACGCCCUACGAUAUCCACGCUACUUUACUGGAUGCUGUAGGACUUAGGCAGUUUUGGAACGGAUAUAGAAUACCUAGAGCUGAUAUUCCUAGGGGAAUGACGUUAUUGGAAACAAUACCCCAAAACCGGUCGUGUAGCGAGGCAGGCGUAGAGCCACACUGGUGCGCAUGCGCAAUGUGGACUCGCUUAGCUCACGAUAACCCGCUGUGCGAGAGAGCUGGCCAAGCCUUCGUCGACUACAUCAACGGGUUGACAGAGCCUGUACGAUUGAAAUGCGUCCCGCGAACUCUUUCUCAUAUCACUUGGGUUAAGAAAUACCGCGUCGGAGAUGCGAGUGUAAAGACAUACACCUAUCAAGUGAAGGUAACAGUGGAUCCUGGUGCUGCUGACUUUGAAGCCACCGUGACUCAUCAUCUGAAAUCUGAUGAUUUUCAGCUUAAUAUGGGGGGCAUCUCGCGUACUAAUAGUGCCUCUUCUGUCAUCACUCGUAAAAGAGCUUAUUCUAGAAAGAAGAAUGAUUACGAAGAGAUUUUUGAAGAAAAUUAUUCGAUUCUUAAUAAGAGGUAA